AUGGUCAGUUGUUUCGAAGGAGAAAUCUUCGACCCUUCUUUGAACAUGUGCAGGAAAGGGACAGGUUGCCUCGGCUGUGAAAAGAAAAUAUAUGAUCCGAAUAACUGCAGGGGUUUCUUCGCCUGCGAUGGUAAAGGUAAACAAAGGGUCUGGAGAUCUUGCAGCGAAGACCAAAUAUUCGAUUCCGUGACCAGCGAGUGCGUCGAAAUGCAGCCUUGGUGA